CCGCCUUUCGCUCUCGGCUCUCGUUGUUGGCGCCGCUCUCGACAAAGCCAGGUUUCACUCUCGACCGACUGCUCGGCAGGCAAGCACCUUCCUCAGGUACACACACGGCACCUUUGCCAGGAAAACUAUACACUUUCGAAGAUGCAGUUGAGAUCGGCGAUGUGUGUUUUGUUGUGUGUGGCGCUGAGCAGCGCGGCGCCGCAGCGGUCGCGGCUGCAGCAGCGCCAGAACGACCCCGAGGACGAGCUGCCCAUCGACGAGGCCACGCCCUCCGACCUUGACGAGCUGGAGAACGAGGUGGCGGCGGCCGCGGCGGCCAACCUGGCGGCCAGGGCCAUCAAACUGGAGCAGCGAUUGGAAGACGAAAUCCUGGCGGCGGCCGUGCUCAACCUGAAGGAGAAGGACCCUGAGCGCCGCGCCCUCAGGACGCAGGAGCUGUCCGAGAUGGUGCGCAGGGACAAGCGUACCGUCCAGGCCAUCACCGGGCUUCUCGGCGCUAGCAGUUCCGCAGGGGGUACUUUCGCUGCCGGAGCGGGUAACGCCGCCCUGACCCUGGCUCAGGGUGCGGGCACGGCGGCGGUGGGUGCCGCUCAGGACAUCGCGGCGCGCGGAUCUUCGGCCACGGCGCUCGUCGGCUCGCUCAUCUCCAGCGUGCUCGGCGCCAGCAGCUCGGCCGCCUCCUCCGCGGCCACGGCCGUCGGCUCUCGCGUCCUCGGCAUCGGUGGCGCCCCCGACCCCAACGCGGCGCCUGUCGACCCAGCAGCGGCUGGCGGCGCUUUCAGCCCCCUGAGACUGCUCAGUGACUCGGUGUCGGCCGUUCUUAGGGUCAAGUUCUCCAUCUUCCGCACGCUGUUCUCGCUGGUGAGCGGAGUGGCCGCCUCGUCGUCGUCGGCCGCCUCAGGGGCCGCGGGGGCCGCCUAAGGACUGUCCUGAGAACGUGUGUGUCGCCGGCCCAGCCAUUGCUCAUCUCUCAACGAAGGUCGACUUAAUUUAUGCCUCCCCCACUUCUCUCUCACGCGUCGCUUUUUGUCUAUGUGUACAUAAAACCGUUAGGAUGAGACUCGCUCGUGUCCCACACAUCAGUAAAUAAAUAAAUGAAUAAAUAUGUAUAAUUUAACGUGCGAUUAAAUUAAUUGUUGGUUUUUAGUAAA